AUGUGCUGUAGUUUAGCUUGUGGUGAUAUUAAAGGAAGACUAACGCAACUAUUUGAACGAGUUCGUUCUGUACAAAAAAAAGCCGGCAAUUUUGAGAUGCUGGUAUGUGUUGGAUCAUUUUUUUCCAGUGAAAAUCAUCAUCAUGAGGAAUUACAAAAAUACAUCGAUGGUCAGCUAGAAGUUCCUAUCCCAACUUAUAUCCUUGGUCCAAAUACUGAUGAUGAAACUGUGCACUACCGGGAUCAAGAGAUAGAAGGUGGUGAAAUAUGUCCAAAUGUAACUGUCCUAGGAAAGAGAGGCAUCUUCACUACCCUUUCUGGUCUCUCUAUUGCUUAUAUGAGCGGACAGGAUGGUAGUAAUUUGCAACCCUCAAAUGUUCAGAAACAUCAUUUCGUCGGAGAUGACAUCAACUAUUUUGCAAAAAAAGCCAAUGACUCCAACUUUCAAGGUGUAGAUGUUCUUUUAACUUCACCCUGGCCAAAGGGAAUAUGCAAUUUUGUCCAACCACCGGAAAAUUAUAAUAAAGAUUCUGGUUCUAGUUUGGUUUCACACUUAGCGUCAAUAUUGAAGCCUAGAUAUCAUUUUUCUGGUACGGAAGGUUUGUUUUUCGAGCGUCUACCAUACAGGAACGAUAAAGGCACAUACGGAAAAACUCAACAUGUCACGCGUUUCUUAGGGCUAGCACCGGUUGGUAAUGAAGAAAAGUUAAAGUACCUGUAUGCCUUCAACAUUGUGCCUAUUCCACACAUACCUCGGGAAAAGUUGACUGUAAUUCCUCCAAGUGUCACUAACUUUCCAUACAGCAGUUUGGAAAAAGAACAAAGUCAUAAUGCAGACCAGUCAGCACAGCCUUCAGGCGGAUAUUUUUAUGAUAUGGGAAACGCCCAAAAUCAGCGUCCUUACCAGCAGAAAAGGAGGCGUUAUGACAACGAAAACCCAGGAGAACGGAAUCCAAGACAACCUGUUUCUCGUGGCCCUUGCUGGUUUUGUCUUGGUAAUGCUGAAGUUGAGAAACAUUUAGUAAUAAGCGUUGGAAUAGACUCUUAUGUAGCUUUAGCUAAAGGUGGACUAACUUCUGAACAUGUCCUAAUAAUACCUAUUGGUCACUUUCCUUCAUCACUACAUCUUACAGAGUCGAUUAAAUAUAAUCUACCGAUUUUCCUAUACAAAAUUACGUAUAAAGAUUCAUUAAGAAAAUUCUUCAAAAGUUUAGGGAAAGAGUGCGUUAUCUUUGAAAGAAAUUUUCGUAGUCAACACUUACAAUUGCAAGUUGUACCUAUACCUAGCGGUACUACAAAUAUAGCGAAAGAGCUAUUCCAAGAAUUAGGCGAAACAAAUUCGUUAACGUUCCAGUUACUCCCCAGUAAUAUCGAUUUAACAAAAAUAUUAUCAGAAGGGUCACCGUUCUUCCUUGUAGAGUUUGACGACGGUGAAAUGUUAUUGCAUCGCAUUCGUGGAAAAUUUCCCUUACAGUUUGGAAGGCAAAUUUUAGCGAGUGAAAGUUUGCUAAAUAUGCCCGACCGUGUUAACUGGAAGGAUUGUGAAAUUUCUGUUGAAGAGGCUACACAGAGUGCGCAGAGUUUCAGGAAAAUGUUUAAAUCGUUCGAUUUCAACUUAAAUUAA